UCCUACUCCCACUGUCUUCUCCCAUGUUCGCUCUGUCUUUAUAAAGCUCACAGUCGUUUGCUGCUCAUGUCAUUCUUGGAAUGAAUCUGUCACCAUGUGGACGACUCUUAUGAAGUUAGACCUGGCCUCUGUUGGCAUUGCUCUGUCUCUGGGCUUUAUUUUUGUAGUUCUGUUUGAGAUCUUCAGGAUUAAUUCCUACAGAGCUCAAACUCCACCUGGUCCCAGACCUCUGCCUUUUGUGGGAACCAUACCAUAUUUUUUGAAGAACCCAAUGGAGUUCAUAAGAUCGUUAUCUCAGUAUGGAGAGAUGACCACUGUGUAUCUCGGGAGAAAGCCAGCGAUAUUCCUCAAUACAAUCCAGCUCGUGAAGGAAGCCCUGGUCCAAAAUGCUUCAUCUUUUUCAGGAAGGCCACAUAUACCACUUCUUAUCUGGAUCACUGAUGGAUUAGGUAUCUUAAUGGCCACAUUUGGUCACUCCUGGAGGCAGCAAAGACGGUUUGCUCUGCAAAUGCUCAGAAACUUUGGUCUGGGGAAGAAGUCUGUAGAGGACCGUGUGACAGAGGAAGGCAGUUACCUGGUUCUUGAAAUGCUCAAAUCGGAAGGCAAGCCUUUCGACGCCCAACAUGCAAUACAGAAUGCCGUUUCCAACAUUAUCUGUUCCAUAGUGUUUGGGGAUCGUUUCAACUAUGAUAACAAGCACUUUGCAUACCUUCUGGAAAUCCUGAAGGAGAACAUCUUUCUGUCAGGGUCAUUUGUUGGACAGGUGUUUAACUUGCUUCCCAUCAUCAAACAUUUCCCAGGGCCACACCAGAAAAUCUAUCAGAACGCUGAAGAGUUGAAGGCUUUCAUCAGGGCAGCAGUCAAAACGCACAGAGAAACUCUGGAUCCAGACAGUCCACGGGACUUUAUUGAUGCCUACCUGCUAGAGAUUGAGAAACAGAAGUCCAACGAGGACUCCACAUUUCAUGAGGAUAACAUGGUAAUGUCAGUAGCUGAUUUGUUCCUGGCUGGAACCGACACCACAGCAACCACCAUCAGUUGGGGCCUCAUCUUCUUGACUCAAAACCCAGAUGUACAAGAGCGAUGUCAUGAGGAGAUUGUUCAGGUUCUGGGUUACGACCGCUUACCCAGCAUGAUUGACCGAGACAAACUACCAUACACAUACGCCACUGUUCACGAGAUUCAGCGCUCUGCCAACAUUGUACCCUUUGGUGUGAUUCAUGAAACAACUCAGCCUACAAAACUACGAGGAUACGACAUUCCCAAGGGCACCGAGAUAUUAACUAACUUAACAGCAAUUUUAACUGAUAAGGAGCACUGGAAGUACCCAGACACUUUUAACCCAGAGAAUUUCUUAGAUGACAAUGGACAUUUCUUCAAACCAGAGUCUUUCCUCCCUUUCUCCUUGGGUCCGAGGGUCUGUCUCGGUGAGAUCCUUGCUAAGACGGAGCUCUUCCUCUUCAUCACUUCUCUCUUACAGCGGAGUCGUUUCUCCUGGCCACCUGGUGUGAAGUGGCCAGACAUGAAUGGGAUUGUCGGUAUAGUCCGCUCUCCUGAGCCAUUUGACAUCAUCUGCCACAGCAGAGGAUCCAAAGAGUGACCAUCAGUACACUCUCCAAGUCUCCAUAGCUGUUCUAACAGAACUCAAUAUUAAUAGUUUUAGCUCUGAAGAAAUUAUACUCUAGUUUAAAAGUUAUGGUUUUGAAAAAGUGACACACAUGCUGUAAUCAUUGUAAAAUAUUGCAUCUGAUUUCACAAUAAAUUACU